AUGGGUGAAAGCGACGACGAUGUAUCUUCGACCUCAACACGAAACUCCUUGCUACAGCAAGAGCGCCCAUUAAAAACGUACAACACACUCGAUGUUCCCGGUAAACAGCUAAACACAGAACCUCUUCAAUCGUCUUCAAGGACGACCAGCGGCUAUACACAGGAGGAUCAUACCAACGAGAUUGGAAAACUCAGCUUAAAUGUGCUGACGAUGUGUCUUUGUAUUGGUGCAGCACUGCCAAGUCUUGAUAUUUCAAUUGUGUACACAACAAUGACGCAGAUUGGAAGCGAGUUUCAGAGUGCACAUCUGUCAAAUUGGAUCCACAGUGCAUACACACUCUGCACACUGGUCACAAUGGCCUCAGCUGGAGGACUUUCGAAUGUGAUUGGCCGCAAACCAGUGCUGGUUGGACUCAAUGUCUUGUUCUUCAUUGGUAGUGUAGGCUGUGCAUACGCCAGAAGUUUCCCCCAACUUGUUGCUUCAAGAAUAAUUGCUGGAAUUGGAGGAGGCGGCAUCGCGCUUUUUGGAAAUAUUAUCUUACACGAUCUUGUUCCAAGCGAGAAAGUAGGAUCCUAUCUGUCGUAUCUCAGUACAGUACAAACGCUCGGUUUUGGACUAGGCGCGCCAAUUGGAGGUUUUAUUACUGAUUAUUUUGGCUGGCGAUAUUGCUUCAGGAUCAACAUUCUGCCUUUAAUCCUUAUCCUUUACGUCUAUAUUUUCCAUCUUAACAACUACAGCAUCGACGAGAGCCAGAAAGCCGAAUUGACCACCAAGGAGAAGCUUCAAAAGGUCGAUUUUGGUGGUAUUUUUCUGGUUUCUAUUGGAAACGUAUCCUUCACAUGCGCACUUUUGCUCGGUGGAAGUUAUGGAUGGGCAAGUCCUCAAAUUAUUUCAGCAUUGAUCGUUGCACCAAUUGCAUAUGCUUCAUUUUUUCUCUACGAGCGGCAAUGGGCCAAGUAUCCAUUGCUAUCUCGCGCAGCAGCUAAUGAUCGUAAUUUUACCACCUCGUGCGUAAGCGUCUUUUUGGUCGGCUUAUGUGAAUCCGGUGCUCUUGUGUUAAUACCUCAAUUCCUCAUGGGCGUACUUCAUUUCAGCACUUCCGAUGCUGGCGCAUGGAUCAUGAUUGAAGCAAUGGCGUGCCCAGUUGGAUGCUUUGUAGCAGGACGGUACAUGGAGCGCACUGGUCGAUUUGCUCGAUUUACGAGUGUGAAUAUCCUGCUAUACACAUUAUCUAUGGUGAUGUUGUACUUCUGGAUAGGCGAUCGUAUUCCUCUUAGUGUGGGUACAUUUGGCAUUAUUGUAGAGGGUACUACGUACGGAUGCUUUAUUGUUCCCAUGAUUGUUGCUUGCACCAGCACAUUGCCUAAAGAAUCCGCUGCUACAGCAAUGUCCAUGUGCUUAUUGGCACGCAGUGUUGGCUAUUUGACAGGCGCAGCCGCUGUUUCAGCAAUCAUUCAAUACACUUUGAAAACGCUGCUACCACAAAGGAUCAAUGGUGACGACGCAGAACAGCUGAUUGAGUUUAUCAUCACAUCUAUCCGCAAAGUCAGCACCUUGGCCCCGGAGAUCCAGCAAAUUGUGUCGGAUAUAAUGAUUGAAGCAACUCAACGUGCUACAUUAAUCGUAGUUGCCUUCGCUUUUUUGGCGUUUUUGGCAAGCUUGCAAUAUCAAAACAUCAAUUUAUUAAAGAAAAAUGACAAUACUGAAGAAACUCAUGGUUAA